AUGAUGGUCUUUCCACAUCCAAAAUAUUUUCAGGUCGGUACAAAUAAUUUUCUUUCACUUGGGAUUUUUUGUUUUUUCUCCUUUGGAGGAAAAACAAAAGGGUAGUUUUGGAAUUUCGUUUUCAGUUCUCUUUUAUUUAUAAAGACUGGCCUUCCAAGCUCGCAGGGAAAUAAGAAACCAAGUGAACGAAAAAACAUAAUAAAAUUCUUCUAUUUUCUUGCCUAAGUUAAGAGAAAGUUUUCUUUUUUUAAUUAUUUAAAUUUUGUUUUCGUUUUCAAAAUUUUUGAAAAACAGAGAAGAAAGUUUUAAAAAUAUGGGAGAAGUACUACUGUUUAUGGAGGAUUUGAAAUCAAGUUAUGUAAUUUCACACUGUAGAAUCUGCCACGAAGAAGAAUUUGAAAAUUCUUCCACCUUGGAAGCUCCUUGUGCUUGCUCUGGAACUGUUAAGUUUGCUCAUAGAGAUUGUAUACAGAGAUGGUGUAACGAGAAAGGGAAUACAACCUGUGAAAUAUGUCUUCAUAAUUAUAAACCAGGGUACACAGCACCUCCAAAAAUUUCUCCUCUAAUUGAAGCAGCAGUAACCAUUAGAGAUAGUUUACAAAUUCCAAGAAGAGAAGAAGAAAGGGGAAGAAGAGGUGGCAGCAGCGUGGGAGUGAGGGCGGAAAACGACCACUCUCAAUGCACGUCCGCCGCGGAUAGAAGCGCGUCUUGCUGUCGUAGGCUGGCUCUACUUUUUACUAUGAUUUUGCUUGUGAGACAUCUCUUUGCUAUUCUUAAUGGUGGACUAGAAGAAUACCCUUUUACUCUUGUUACAAUAAUUAUUUUAAGGACUAGUGGCAUUGUACUACCAAUGUUUGUAUUAGUUCGAACAAUCACAGCAGUUCAAAAUAGCAUCAAAAGACAUUAUCAGGAUUUUGAUAAUGUUGACUCCUCAACCUUUGAUGGAGACGAAGAAGAUGAAUUGUACCAACACUUAGUUUAAAACAAAGCUUUUUACUAGAUUUUCUAAUCAUUAUUAUUUUGUGUAUCCGGGCAUCAUUUCAAUGCCUUAUUUUAUUCUUGGUGUAAAGAUUAAAGAUUAAAAAUCAAAAAUCAAAAAUCAAAAUUCUUUCAGAA